GUAUGAAAGAGGUUAGCCAACACAGGUAGGCACAAAUUCUCCGCGCAUGCGCACGACGGAGGCGGCCGUUGACACUGAUAAAUAUCGUUUUUUAAAAAAAACAGACAUAACGUACGCUAAUUUUAACACAAACACACGGACCACAUUCGUAAAUACCAAUUUUGCGUCAUUCUCACGGUUAGCUUAAACAAUACGACGUCUCUUUCGCUCCUAACGGCCCGAAAGCGAAAGUGUCCCAAGCGGGGUGAACUAUCUCGCCUCGCCCGUACACUCUUUGUUUGGAUGUGCGCUGUGGAUGACAACCGUCCAGCCCGUCGCAACAACAGCAGCAGCAGCGGCGGCAGCAGUGUGUUUAUCAUCGCAGCAGCCGCCGAGGGGAGUGAAGUGAACCGGAGGAAGAGAGAGAGAGAGAGAGGGAGAUAGAGAGUGUGUGUGAGAGAGAGAGAGAAAGAGAGAGAGGGAGAGAGAGAGAGAAAGGAUUUACGGACAUCGACCAAGCAUGGCUACCCAAACGACAGCAUCAUGCACUGGAUCCACUCUGUUGCAGCCAAUCAGCGAAAUUAUCAAUCUCCCUCUUGACCAGGUUAACUUUGUGGCAGGUCAGCUGUUCGCCCUGCUGAUGGCUGUGUGGUUUCGGCUCUACCUCCACCCGAGUAAGACCAGUCCUUUUAUCAGACAUGUGGUUGCCACUCUGCUUGGCUUCUAUUUGGCUCUCUUCUGCUUUGGAUGGUACUCCCUCCAUUUCCUGGUGCAAAGCGGUCUGUCCUACAGCGUAAUGAUCUUCGCUGGCCUGGAGCACAUGCACAAGUACUGCUUCAUCGUGACACUUGGCUAUCUGAUAUUGUGUCAGAUCACACGAGUCUACGUGUUCGACUACGGCAUGUACUCUGCAGAUUUUACAGGGCCCAUGAUGGUUAUAACACAGAAGAUUACCAGCUUGGCAUUUGAAAUACACGAUGGUUUGACCAAGCGAGAUGCGCAGCUGACCCCCAGUCAGAAAUACCUAGCUAUCAGGCGAAUGCCCAGCUUGCUGGAGUACCUGAGCUACAAUUGUAACUUUAUGGGCAUCCUGGCAGGCCCCACCUGCUCUUACAAUGACUACAUGGCCUUCAUUGACGGCACAGGAUACCAGCCACGCCACCAGGAGAACGCCAAUGGCAAGGAGAACGGGAAGUACAAGCAGAGUGAACCCUCGCCCAAGAAUGACGUCAUCUCCAAGCUGUGCACGUGUGCCAUCUCUCUGGCCAUCUAUCUGUCACUGUGCAAGCUGCUUCCAGUGGAGCACUCCAUAGACGAUGACUUUGUCAACUCCACACCCUUCCACCUUCAGGUCAUCUACCUGUACCUGGCCAUGCUGGCUCUGAGGCCAAAGUACUACUUUGUCUGGACACUUGCUGAUGCUAUCAACAACGCUGCCGGGUUUGGCUUCAAUGGAUACAACAAAGAUGGCUCCCCACGGUGGGACCUGAUAUCAAAUCUCAGAAUUCUAGACAUUGAGUUUGCCACCAGUUUCAAGAGUUUCCUAGACAACUGGAAUAUCCAGACAGCUCUUUGGCUCAAAAGGGUGUGCUACGAGCGCUGUGCCAUUAACCCCACUGCUGCCACCUUCCUGCUGUCAGCAAUGUGGCACGGGGUUUACCCUGGGUACUACCUGACCUUCCUCACUGGCAUUGCCAUGACCAUGGCUGCACGUGCAGUAAGGCACAACAUCAGACCGUACUUCCUAGUCUCUGACUCGUACAAGUGCGUGUACGAUGUCAUCACGUGGGCGUGGACUCAGAUCGCCAUCAGCUACACAGUGGCGCCUUUUGUCCUACUUGCUGUAGGACGCUCACUCAAAUUCUACAGGUCCUGGUACUUCUGCUUACACCUCCUCUGUCUCCUGGUGGUGCUUGUCCUACCUGUGAAAUCGAGACGCCAGCAGGCCAAAGAGCAGCAGGACGGUCUGCUGAAGGACAAACUACAGGACAACCAGACAGACCACAACAGCACAGACAACAACUGCAACCAGAAAGACAAAGCCACAUGAGGCUCAGGGCGGCAACGCACACAGUCCCCUUCAGCAGCAGAAACACUUGAGACGAACUAGCAACCACUGAGAGCUGGAGUGUGGCGAGUCUGUUUACCUGACAAAGAACCAAAUAUCGGACGCUCUGAAAAUCCUAACAGACAGAAAACACAAGUCAAUGUUCUGUCAAAACUUCCAGUAGCAAGGAUGACAGCAAUCACACUUCUGACAUGGAUACAAGACCAGGAUGUAACAAUGGCCACGAUGUAAACUAAUGAGUGAUAGUGGUUACUUUACAUUACAUUAGUGGAAAUGAAGACUUCCAAGCUGCCUUAAACCCUCUAUGUACUCGUCUGGUGAAAUAACAGUUGGAUGGCACGCUGCACGAACCUAAAUGCAGUUUCACCGUGUCAGGUUAUACAAACAGAAUAGAAGUGCAGUAUGUGGAGGGUUUUUGUCAUUGUCUGGAUACAAGCCUCUGUUAGGUGGAAAUGGUGGAAAAAAUGUGUUCAUGUAAAAGAAACAUAACCUUUAUCAUCAGCUGCCAAUUUCAAACAGGCCUUAGGAUCCUCAAAACAUUGUUUGAUUUCUAUGUCUUUUUUAAAAUCUUUAUUGGAGAAGAACUCACAUUGUACGUGUUUUGUAUUUAGAUGUUUGUGACAACGCUAUUUAAAAUCCAUCCUCAGUGCUAUUUUUCUUCUUUUUUUUAAAUAUCUUUUCUGGGAUGAAUUGACUUUGCAUAGACAACAUAGAGAACCCCAAAGUGGAAUUCAGAUCUCGUCCGCCUCCAGCAGUGGAAAGUCUAAAAAAGAGGCACUCAUGAGUUACUAAAUGGAUUUCUGUUUUUUUUAAAAAAUAUUUUUCAUAUCUGCUGUUUUUUUGUUUUGUUUUGUUGUUUUUUUUUUUCAAACAUGACUCAUCAGAAAAUUGUGUGUUUGACAUGGAAUUUUAUUUACCCUGUCAUGAUUUAGUUUUUUCUUUUUCAUAAGGAUUUCAGACUUGUGUUUCAGGGGUGUGAUUUGUGUUCAUAAUUUUCAGGUUUCCUCUGUGUUUAAAUGUCUUUCCUCUCUAAAACAAAUAUCAAAAACUAUUUAAAUAAACGAAGUAAUAAAAUGUUAUAAUUGGGGAAGCACAGUGGAUUGUUAAUGUCACUGUUGAACACUCGUAUGUUUUAAUGAAUUGUCUUAAAUCCUACAACUCUAAUCAGAUUAGAGAGAUUUAUCUACUUUGUAUGUGUUUUAUAGCCAUAAUUAUUGUAAGCCAAUUGAAUGUAAAAGAAAAGUUUCCAAUUUGAUGCACAGUGCAUGAAAGCACAUAUUCAGGCUGCAAAUUAUUUAAAUGUGCAAUUUGGUUUUGUCUGUGAGGAAAUCUGAUACAGUUAUUUGUGUACAUGGCAUCAUAAUAUUGUACAAAACUCAAAGUCAUAGACCAGCUGGUCUUAUUUUAUAUUGUGUGAACUUAUGUUAGAAUAGGGGAUGUUUUCAGGGUGCAUUUACUGUAGGGUUUAAGACACACUGGUUCCAUCAUGUUGUUUUGGUCCACGACUCACCUUUAGCCUUUCAAAUCAUGCAGUUCAUUCUUUACAACACGCAUGGCAACACGAGGUUCAAACAACCACCCAUGUGAUUCAUUUCUGUUUCAUUAGACAUUUUUAUGGAUUUAGUCAAGAAAAUGUGGACAUUUGUCGGAGAGGAGGCAGCCUAAAAGUCACCUCACUGUUGUUUAAACAGUCCAAAGACACAUUCUGUGUGUCUGAUAGAGCAGGAAAUAGUCUGGGAGUUUCGAGCCCACAGCGUCACACUUUGAAGUCGUGCAUUUUUUGUGUGUGCAUUUGUGUAAUGUAAAAUAACAAAGCGGCAGAGGAGAGCUUUGAAGUAUGGACCUCUUUCAUUUCUUUUUACAAUUUUCUAACAUUUGCAUAUUCCUGCCAUAACUGUGUGUGUACCAGUAUUCAUGUGAUCCGUACAUGUCGAUGUGGUCUCAUGUGAACUAUAUUUGUAGCCUGGGCCCCUGUGUUAGGGAGAGUGUGGCCCACUUAAGUGAAAGGGAUGUCAUUCUACAAACAUAGCGAUUAUUGCACUGCAUGGCCACCCAAACCAGCAGAUCAAUGCAAACUGCUCCAUAUGUCCAAAGUGCCAAAUCAAGAAUGGCGCAUUUUGUUUUGUGUGUAUGUGAGCAUGCGUGCCUGCGUGUGUGUGUUUCUGCGUGCGUGCGUGUGCAUGUGUCCAUGUAGUAUGUGUGUACGUGCGCCUGUGUAACAUAACGUUAUUUUUGUGUCAGAAGGAAAUUUAUUGAAAGAUUUGUAUAACAGUACAUUAAAAUUCUGAUUUAUGUGGCAAAAUAAAGAGAAAUUAUUUUUAAACACUA